AUGUCUGAUGUUUUCAGUGGGAACUAUAAACUUUCAAAGAGCGAAAACUAUGACGAGUUCCUCUCAGCAAUAGGUCUUGGGAUGAUUAAACGCGUAUUGCUACAGUCCAUCUCGCCAGUAAUUACCAUCAACAAGGACGGAGAUGAAUGGCACAUGGCGGCAAAAACAGCAUUGAAGAAUUCAGGAUUCAAGUUUCAGAUGGGUCAGGAAUUUGAUGGUACCAACUUCGUUGAUGCGAAAGUCAUAAACAUCAUAACCGAGGACGGCAACAAAUGGACUCAGGUGCAGACACCGGUGGAUGGCAAGCAGGUUGUCACUACUGUUUGCGAGUUUGGAGAGAAGCAGCUUACGGCUACCAUGACUGUGGAGAAUGUUACUGCUGUCAGGAUUUAUGAACGCCUCUAG